GCACAACUCUGUCUUUUUAUCUCUCCCCCCACAUCGGCACACUAACUGCUAUUUUUGUUUGCUGGCCUGCCUGCACACACAAGCAGAUGACGUCGUAGCCCACCGAGCGGCAGAGACGGAACGGAGCAGACUGGCUGGACUGGCCUGGCAGUGCAUGGGCAAGGGCCAAGGCGGUGGACCUGGCAGGUGCGACUUGCAGCUCUGCUGGCCGUGCCGCGCAGGAGGGGCAGCGGACAAGGGGAGCUGCGACUGUGACUUAGAUGGCUGCGAUCGAAAUCCCCUGGCUGACCCACAUGUCCACCCCUCGCCGCCAACGGGGCGACACCCUCGACAGCUCCUCCACCCAAUCGCCAGAUCGCAACGAUGAUGGCCCGGCCUCCUACCUAGGCGCCGCCGCCGCCGAGCCCAAGCCGACCUACGCCUCCUUCUCCCCCGCCACCCUGUCCUCCUCCCAGCCCGUCUCGGCCGCCAAACGACUCUCCACCAUCCUCGUCCACCAGAAGUCGCCACUGCUCUUGGCCACCCCUCCCCAGGUCACCCGCGCCCUCGCAUACAGCCACCCCUUCCUCCUACCCUUGAACAAGCUCGUUGGGCUGCUCAGCUGGACCACCAGGGAUCCUUGGGAGAGCUUCCUGCUGGUCGCCGUCUUCUGGGCCACGGUGCUGUACGGAGAUGUUGCCGUGCGCUUUGCCGGGCCCGUGGUGGUCGUCCUCAUUGUGAUACUGGGCAUGUAUGGGAGGCGGUUCAGUCCGCUGAGCAGCAGUGGCUGGAAUGAGGACGGCGGCGCGGGAGGAGGUAGUGCCGCCAACGGCUCGAAAGGCAAGGUUAAGAGGACGCCGACCGAGAACUCAGGUGCGCCAAAUGCGAAUGUGUCGAGGGGUGCCGGGACAGGACAACAUACGAGGGUCGGGUCGGAGUUGACCAACACAAAACACCAAAAGACGCUCGACGAGAUCGUGGAGACACUGAAGGAGCUGACUGCGAGGUGUAACAUCCUCAUGGAGCCCCUGCUGGAGUUGACAGACUUUCUUAGCACACAGCGCACGGCCACCAGCGCAACCACGAGGCCCGCCUUGACAACACUGUUCAUACGGAUAUUGAUGUGCACCCCAUUCUGGGUCGCCUUAACCCUGCCUCCGUUCCGGGUCAUCUCAACGCGAAGGGUCGUCCUCGUGUUCGGGACCCUCGUCCUCACAUGGCAUGCCAGAGUGGUUAAGGCGGGGAGGACGAUACUGUGGCGUAGCGCGAGUGUGAGGAAGUUCGUGGCACUCAUUACGGGCUUGGAUGUUGCCAUGCCGGAGAAGGUCAUCAAGGUCCAGAACAAUGGGGUUCAGCAGCCUACGUUCGAAAAGGAGGCUUCCAAGUCCAGGGAGCCGGCAUCGUCAAACGCCAGGGCCCAAGCACAGUCCGAGCUGACAAAGGCGAUACGUCGAGCCCGCGGGGCAAACGAUGCCGGCGUCAGAUUCACCUUCAUCAUAUACGAGAACCAGCGGCGGUGGGUCGGCCUUGGUUGGACAAACAGUCUGUUUGCAUAUGAGAGAGCUGCCUGGACGGACGAGCACAACAACCCUGUCCCGCCCAAGGACAAGUUCGAGCUGCCCGGGGUCGACGAUGACAGCAGCAUGAGGUGGCGAUGGGUCCGAGGAAGUAGGUGGAGGGUGGAUGGCGUGUCCGACGAGUCGGCCAAUGGUGGAACCUCUGCGGGCGCAGAGGCCGAAUGGAAUUACGAUGGCGAUGCCGCUAAGAACGGCUGGAUAUUCUAUGACAACAAGUGGCAAAACGGCCGACGCGGUCAAGACGGCUGGGGAAGAUGGACGCGAAGGCGGAAGUGGUACCGCGACGCCGAGCUGGUAGAGGUAGACAGCGACGACGAAACGGAACAGGCCAAGGAGGCCCCCAAGGAGAGCUCACCAAAACACACCCUAGAGGCACGAACAUCCCUCCCUCCCAUGCCGAGGACGCCCACCCUCGCACCGCCCAUCACAACAUUCUCGCCCAACAACGAGACCAUGAGCAUGCCGGACCUCCACCGGACGAACGACUCCCUCAAGGAGAUCAAGGAGGAGGGCGCGGGGAGCCCAGGCACAACAGACAGGGAAAAGGACAGGGACAGGGACGACGCGUCGUCUGUGCUGUCGACGUCGUCCCGGUCGAUGAGGCUCCUCCCCUCGCUGCGGCGCCGCGUCACCGAUAACACCGCCGCCGCUGCCGCCGCCGCCGCCGCCGGAGGGGGAGGGGGCAACAAGCACGACAGCAGCGUCACGAGCAGCCCGCGGUCGGCCGUGGUGUCGCCGUACUCUGUGGGCGUGGGCGGCGCGGGGCGGCGGGCCCGGCGCGCCAGCGAGGUGCAGAGCGAGGACGACCAGGCGAGCCUGGGGCCCGGGCUGGGGCUGGAGAUCUCCAAGGACCGGAGGGGUGGGUCCUGGGGGAUCGGGGACGAGGCUGUUAUGGGUCUGGAGUAGGGGAGGUGGGUGAGUUGGGUACGUAGGUAAUUAGACAGACGGGUGGUUGGUUUCUGUGCGGAUGGAUGGAUGGAUGUGUGUAUGGAUUGGUGGUUCUUUUUGAGAGGGGGCCGGGGGUGUAGCGAUGUAGCGGGUAGUAUAUGAGUUAUAAUGUUAAAGCUUCUUUUUCCAG